ACCACAAAUUUUCUUAUCCCGUUACUAAGUAUCUCAAAACGAAAAAUGAGGCUGAUUGUGUUAGUUUCUUUGGCGGUUUCAACGUUGGGUGCUCCACAAAAUUAUUAUCAACCACAGUAUCAGCAACCAAUCCCCCGCAAUGUUAUUCCAAUCGUUUCGGAGACGAAUGAGAUUAAUCCUGAUGGUUCUUAUAGUUACAGUUACCAAACCGGCGACGGUCAAUCGGCUCAAGCUCAAGGCUACUUGAAAAACGCCGGAGUUAAAGAUUCCGAAGCUGAAGUUUCCCAAGGAUCCUAUUCGUACACGGCCCCCGAUGGAACUCCGAUCACUGUUACUUGGGUCGCCGAUGAGAAUGGUUUCAGAGCUGAAGGAGCUCAUCUACCUACACCACCACCAAUUCCGGAAGCCAUCCAACGAUCCCUGGCUAUCAUCGCGCAACAACCACAACGAUAUCAAAACAACGAUGCUUUUCAAAGAAAUCGAUACAAUUUUUAAAAAUACUAAUCAAAAAUAUAAUCAGGAUACGAUUAAAUAAAAAUUAAAUAAAAAAAUAAUUAGUGUUAAGAGAUUCUUUUAAAUAUA